GGGGUGACAGAUGUCCUGUGUGAAGCCUGUGACCAGCUGGGAUGGAAGGUGCCGACAAAGAUCCAGAUUGAGGCUAUUCCAGUGGCUCUCCAAGGCAGAGAUAUCAUUGGACUGGCAGAAACUGGCUCUGGGAAAACAGGAGCCUUUGCUUUGCCAAUUCUUCAAGCACUGCUGGAAACACCUCAGCGAUUAUUUGCUCUUGUUCUUACACCAACAAGGGAGCUGGCCUUCCAAAUCUCAGAGCAGUUUGAAGCUCUUGGAUCCUCCAUUGGUGUCCACAGUACGGUUAUUGUGGGUGGAAUUGACACGAUGUCUCAGUCUCUGGCCUUAGCCAAGAAACCACAUGUUAUAAUUGCAACCCCUGGCCGUCUAGUUGAUCAUCUGGAGAACACAAAGGGCUUCAACUUACGAGCUCUGAAGUUCCUAGUAAUGGAUGAGGCUGACCGGAUCCUUAACAUGGAUUUUGAGACAGAGGUGGAUAAGAUACUGAAGGUGAUUCCUCGAGACAGGAAGACAUUCUUGUUUUCGGCUACCAUGACCAAGAAGGUUCAAAAACUGCAGCGUGCUGCUCUGAAGAAUCCUGUUAAAUGUGCUGUUUCCUCCAAAUACCAGACAGUUGAAAAACUGCAGCAGUACUACAUUUUCAUCCCCUGCAAAUUCAAGGACAGCUACCUGGUUUAUAUCUUGAAUGAACUAGCUGGAAACUCUUUCAUGAUAUUUUGUAGUACAUGUAACAAUACUCAGAGGACUGCUCUACUGCUCCGCAACUUGGGAUUCACUGCUAUUCCUCUCCAUGGGCAGAUGAGUCAGAAUAAACGCUUGGGCUCUCUAAACAAGUUCAAGGCAAAGGCACGUUCCAUUCUUCUGGCUACUGAUGUUGCAAGCAGAGGUCUGGACAUCCCACAUGUAGAUGUGGUGAUAAACUUUGAUAUUCCUACACACUCUAAGGAUUACAUUCAUCGUGUUGGGAGAACAGCUCGAGCUGGGAGAUCUGGCAAAUCUAUCACUUUUGUCACACAGUAUGAUGUAGAGCUGUUCCAGCGCAUUGAACACCUGAUUGGCAAGAAGCUGCCAGCAUUCCCCAUGCAAGAGGAAGAAGUCAUGAUGCUGACAGAGCGUGUGGCUGAGGCCCAGAGAUUUGCUCGAAUGGAGCUGCGGGAGCAGGGAGAGAAAAAGCGAUCUCGGAAUGAUGAUGAUGACACAGAAGAAGCUAUUGGUGUCAGAAAUAGGGUGGCAGGUGGGAAAAAGAAGAAAAGGAAAGCCUUCUAG